AGAAGAAGCACGGGUUUUUUCGCGAAGGACCGCUCGUCCUUCUUCGAGCCAGAGACCAGUAGUACCCGAAACAAAACACAGCUCAUGUGCAAACGACGCUGCACAAGUAAACUACCGAGAGACGGGCCGCAGCGAGAGGGAAAAUGGCCGCGGACCAGUCGGCCGCACUUUCCCGUGUCGGCCAGUCUGACGAGAACGUGAGUCGACGAGAAGCAGCUGUCAGGAAAUUUUCUAAGUUCGGAAUCGUGUCCAGCGUCAAGAUCCAGCAGCAGACGCGCCACUGCAAGUCAAAGCUUCGGCAUGGGCCAAUUUCACGCGAGGGAGGCCCUCUCGCCUGCGGAGCCUCUCGGCUGCGAACUUGGGCGGGGGUUGCCUUCCACGGGAGUCAUAUCAACCGGACUCGCGCCGGCAUAGUUGAGAAGAAAGAGUGAAAAGGGCUAUUCUCUCCACCAAGGCUGACUUCAGACCUAUCACCGAUCUGCUCCGUCUUGUGCAGGGAACGCCGCAAGAAAGGAGCCACGUGUUAGCUACCUUUCUUGAACUUCCUUACUCCUUUGCAUAUCUCCUCCAAACUUUUGACCUGUUCCCAUUGAAUUCCUUAUAUUGGUUCAUCACCCUUCUCUGUUCUUUUUGGCCAUCGCCUUAUUUUUUUCUUCCCUCCCUCUCCAUCUCUCCUCAUAUUUUUCUCGCUCCCUCUCUCUUCCUGGUAUGGAUAUAGUGCGGUAAGUACCGCCACUCGGAGCUGCGCAUCACAGACGGAGGAUGGUCUUGUGCACGCAGAUGGAGGCGAGAAGUGAGGUGGUAUGGAACAAGAACGGCCCACUCAGGCACCAGCAGGAUGAGAAGAGCACAGCCGUAGUCCUGGGUCUCCUCCACCAGAACUGGCAGGAACGCCGUAGCUGGUGUCGGGUGUGCGGUGGUUAAAUGUGGGGAACCCCUCUGCCUCCCUCCUCUCUCCCCAUCUCUCACACCCUGCCGGCAUGUACACCUCAGCCGCUACUAUGUACUGGGUGUACAUAGUCUGCUCGUCGCAUGCUGAGCUGCGAGAGCACAAGAAGAUGUGUCCUCGCACUCACAGAGAUUCAACCUACACCCAAUCCGUCUCUAUAUCUGACGUGGAGGUUCUCACAGAUACAGCGGUCGCUCACUCCGAGGACAAAGAAGGAAGAACAAGAUGAAGAUAGACCCACAAAGGCUUUCCAUGUCCCUAACAACGAGGUGGUAAUAAUAAGCUCGCUAAGGCAGGGAGCAAGAAAGAAGUGUGGUGGGUGGUGGGGGAAAGGGAGAGGAAGGCCGCGUGAAGAAGAGACAGAGACGCAAGAAAGGGGGUGUACCUGCUGCGAAAAGUACCGGAAAUCUCGGACAGACGGCUGCGACACAGAAAAAGUCGAGGAUGAGGAAUGCUUCGUCCGAAGCCGUUAGACUGGGGACCGGUAAUACUUCCCCUCACAACGACCCCAACUAUCCCUACCAUGACUAUACGUAUGGUGUGGGGGGAGGGGAAAUAUUGGGUCCCCAGCCGGCGGGGGUCUACUUUGGAGUUGGUGGCAGUGACUCGAGUGAUUCAUCCGACGAUGAGGACGACUUGGAGUACACGCCGGCUGAAAUGGCCCAACUUCUUAGUUUGAAUGAACUGGACAUGCAGCCUGGGAGUAGCGACAGUGAAGAGGAGGAAGAGGAGGGGGAGGAGGUGAGGGAGAACAAGAGGAGGAAUCGACGCGGGAAGGGAAACAACUCUUCCCCAGACCCUAACUCUCAAAUUGUGUCCUCUGUUCUCUCUCCGUCUCCUCGCCAGGCCCAGUCGCGGCACGCUGCCCACGCCCGUCAGCCCGAGCCGGUCGGCCUCUUCUGGGACAUCGAGAACUGCUCCGUGCCCACUAACAAGUCGGCGUUCACCGUGGCGACCAAGAUGCGGAGGGUGUUCUUUGAGGGGAAACGGGAGGCGGAGUUCAUGGUGGUGUGUGACAUCACCAAGGAGAGGAAAGACGUCAUCAACGCUUUGAACAAAGCUCAGGUGACUCUGGUCCAUGUCAAUGCGGUGGCGAAGAACGCGGCCGACGACAAGCUCCGCCAGAGUCUGCGGAGGUUUGCCCACACCUACCCGGCCCCCUCCACCGUCGUCCUGGUCUCCAGCGACGUCAACUUCUCCUCUGAGCUGAACGACCUCCGCCACGUGCAUAACAUGACGAUUGUCCUCGUCCACAGCAAGUUCACCUCCGAUGCCCUCAAGGUGUUUGCCCAGCAACUGAUCAGCUACGAGCAGUUUCUGGAGGACGUGGAGGGACCCAAGGGACCUCAGCAAUCAUCCCUCCCUAACAUUCUCAUGGUCACAAACCUCCCCAAGCAUUUCCCGCCCAAGAAGAUCUCGUCUCGCCUCGGGCAGCUCUCGGACAACUGUGGUGGGCGUGUCCUCGGAGUUGACCCCGCCUCCGGGACCGCACGCAUCCUCUUCCGCACUCACGACUGGGCCGUCAAAGCUGAGAAGAGGAUGAGAGGAGAGGAUGUGUUUGGCUGCAGGAUCAACCUCUGUCUUGACUACUCCCAGAGACCUCCCAACCCUCCUCCCCCUCCUCUCCAGAAUCACCACCCUCCCCACAUCCACCCUCACCCUCCUCCCCUCUUUCCCCACCCACCGCCCCCUGGCUCUGGUCCACAGGGUUUCCACCAGAUCUCCGGACGUCCUCUUGGUCACUCCUUCCCCCCAGCACACCGUCCCUCUCCUCUCUUCCCCCGCUCUCCCCCACUCCCUCGCUUCCCACCACCACAACCUGGAUUUGUACCACGACCUCCUCCUCCUCAGAGUUAUCCAUUGUUGCGCUCACCACUUCGCGGCCCCCCGCCACAAUUUUCUGGACCCCCUCCCCCCAACGUCCCCCUGCCCCCCAGUAUCCAGUUGCCCCGCAGGCCACCCCCCGAUCCCGCUUCUUAUUCCAAGAUGGCUGCCACCCCAGCACCUCGUCCCGAGGGUAAGAUCCUCAUCAUUAAGAUCCAGGCCUCAAACGAGUCGGACCAGUUUGAAGAACUGGGGAGACAAGUGUUGAUGAUCUCACUUGAGGCCAACAUCAAGAUGGAGCGAGGUCGCUCGCUGGUCAUGUGGCACAGUUUCUCAGAGCUCCAGAUGCUACUGAGACUGGACUUCCGUGGCACGGCGGUCGUCCGGAAGGAGGACCUGAUCAGAACCAUGUGGGACAAGGGAGACCUCAAGCCCAACGUGGCAGGGAAGUUUGUGGAGCAGUGUGUCAAGUCUCUAGGAGACGUGUGUCGUCGUCAAGGUCUCCCCUGGCUGGCCACCUCGUGUGGCUGGUCCUCAGAUGAGGAGGAGGAACGCCGCACCAAGUCUCAGGUGAUAGCUCUGCUGCGGCAGUUCCCUCAUUGUUGGCUCAAGUGGACUCGCUUCAAAACGAAAUACAACGAAAGCUACCACAGUGCUCUAAGUGAGAUGGCAGUCCAUGCAUACUGUAAGGGAGCAGUGAUGAUUCUUGGUAAACCGGACAACAACCAAUCUCAGGUGAUAAUCCGCUAUGAGAUGAGUCCUCUGGUGAGGAUCUCUGGUCAGAAAAAGGUCUGGACUGCAGUUCAGAAGAAAGUGGUGGACAUGGUCUCUACCAGACCCAACGGCAGGAUAAAACUACUCGAUGUUGUGAGAGAGUACACGCAGGAGGUGGGUCCCCUGCCACUCAGCUCCAGUGGCAGACCUCUGCAGGACACACUCUCCGAGUGCCCACAGCUACAGUUCAUUGGCAGCAGACCCUCGUCCAUAUUUCUCACUCUCGCCUCGUCUCCCGCUGAACCCAACCCCUCUCCUCCUCCUUUUGCUCCUCCUACUUCCCCUCCUCCUCUGCCUCGUCCGGAGAAGACGGCUCCUCCCCAGAGGACACCUAGUACCACUCUCUCUCACAAGACUGGUACAGGUGAUCUGGAAAAAUUGUCGACUGAGUUUCGACAUCUACUGAAAAUGCAGACCCCGUCUUGUGAAAUUCCACUCAGUCGCGACAGCAGGAAGUAGACGUAUUUCAGGACUCUGUAUCACCACAUCUUCAGAGUGGCAGAGCUAUGUCCCGCGGCCUAGUGGAGAGACAGGGAGAUGAAGUCAUGGUCGAGGCUGCUCGAUCGUGUGGAAAGAAGUCAAACUACCGAACAACAGAACUGAGACAGUUGUAUGUAUGGAGUCAGACGACAGUCAGCUGCUGCUCUGAUGCUACAAAGCACCAACACAGCAAGCAGUAAACCAGCACCAUCUGACCUGUUGUGACUUGCGAAACUUCUGUCCGCGAGCUACUCGCUGGCUCCGGACUACCAGACACGGCUGUGACAGGUUAUGCGAGAGUAUGAGAGAAGUAUGGCCACAAGAUGGGUAAUGACGGCC